GAUAUAAAUAGUUAUAAACUACAUGAGUAAGAAGUCUUAUUUAAUAAGUGUUAUUAUUAAUAUAUAUAUAUACAUCAUUUAAUUAAACUACAUAUCAUAUAAAAUACAAAUUAUAAAUUGAUAUAUGCAUUGAACAAAUAUUGAGAACUUAACUAAUAUUUUAAUUUUGCAUUCAAUUAAAAAUAUUUAUAAAUUACUAAAACUAUUAGACAUCUCAAAUUAAAAAGUUAUUAAUGGUUUAAAUUUUUGCUAUAAGAUGACAAGAAUCAUAAAACCAUAUGAUUAAAACCUUUGUUUAAUGAACAACUUUACUAAAAAUAUAUUUCAUAUCUAUGUUAAUAUCAUUUAAAUUUAAUUAUAUUAUAUAAAAUGGAUAAAAUUGAUUUUUUAUUUAUUUACCAUAAAAUUAUCGUUAAUAAACAAUAGUCAUUGUUUGAUUUAUAUGCGCAAGCCAAUUUAAUUAUAUAUGUAAUAUUACCGAUUUUUCAAUAUUUCAAUAUAUAUUUAUUAUUUUAUUAUUUUAUAAUAUUUAAAAAACAUAAAAUAAAUAAUAAUAUAUAAAUUAUUAUUUAUAUAUAAAAUGUUUAUCCCGCGCAUUAUGCAGAUCUUAGCCUAGUUUACAUUAUUAGCAAAAACAAAAAAAAACAAAAUAACAAAAAACAAACAAGUGAAAAGGGCUGUCUUCAAGGAUGCCUUCUGCGGAGGUGUACUUAGGCGCUAGCCGUGUUCCCUCCGGAGUGUCCGGAUUACCUAGAUUAUCAAAAAAAAAAAAAAAAAACAAAACAGUUUCAAAAAUCAUUACUCGUUUUUGAAAGGUAAUAGUAAUUUGAAGAAAAAAUAUACCCGUUAGGGACAGCUUGUUUUCAAAUGUAUUUAAACCAAACCAGAGGAGAGCCUCGCGUGUGUGUCUCUAAAGUCUCAACGUCUCUCUCUCACAUAACACCAAGCGAUUAGAGUAAACAUAUAUCAAAGGUAAAAAUCUCGAUGAACCACCGAUUGCUCUUUUACUAGGAUCAUAGGAUCGUAGAGAACUAGGUUCGAUGAGUUUAUGGAAAGCUAGGAAUGAAAUUAGGGUUUAGUUCGAAUCGGUUUAUUUUUUUUGGUUAGACCCAAAAAGAUCAAUUGAUUCUAACCGUCUAGUUAACCAAUUUGCAGAAGCGGAGAUGGCGGAAGGGCGCGAUAGACUCGAACGACAAAUUGAUUUUGCAUCAUUGUUUCUCAACAGACAGCGCGGAAGGAUCUUCGUUGACGAUGAAACUACAUGGACUGUGCAAGCAAGAGGUGGUAUUUGGCGGCGUGGAAGGCCUCGUCCUCGUACUCGUACUCGUCCUCGUGCUUCACCUUCAAGGAGGGCCCUCGCUGAUAUCACUGAUGUGAAUAGGGUGGGUACUGAGAGAAGGAGAGCAGUGGUUGGCCCAAGGCCCCUCCUUGAUACUGCUGUUGUUAGGGCGGGUACUGAGAGAAGGAGAGCAGUUGACCGUGUACCACUGGCUCAGCUCGAGCUCAGGUAUUCUGUGGCCAGUGCUGUUGCAUCCGCUGGAGUCAACCACCCCUCUUCCAUCGCUUGGGUUCAGCAGAAGUUGCUCUCACUCAAAGAGGAAUUAUCUGAUGGAGAGGAGGCCCUCACUCCAGAGCUCCUCAACUAUAUAGAUCAAGUGGGGAUUUAUCUGACGGAAGAGCUUGAGAAGCUGAAAAGCACACCAAGUGCGCAGAGAGCUGAGAGGGAGAGGAGGAUUCGAACAUUGAUGUCCAUGAGGUGACCGUUUGGGAACUCUUCACACUCUGAAAAGUAGGGAUCAUAGGCGUAAAAAAAAGUUGACGAUGAUACAAAGAGGGACGAGUGGAUAUCAUAUCACGGAGAGUACAUACUCCACGUUAUUACCAAUGUUUGUGUUUUAGGCUUGAGAGUUAAGAUUACAUUUGCUUACUUUCUUUUUUCACUAUUUGUGAAAUUUGAAGAUUCUUUUGAUACUAGUUGUUUUCUUUUGUACCUUUGGCAUGGCCUGUGUAGUAGCGCUAUUGAUUAGAAAAUUAUUUGACAACCCAUCAGUUUCACUUCCUCUAAUCUCUUCUUCUUUGAACCGCUUCCUAAUUCACAUUCCAAAACCGAAUUUGACCAAAGUAGUUUUAAUUGUUGUUGUUUCCCAGCAACAUUUUGCUCUUAGCCUACUCAUUCUGUUCCACUAUGCUUGUUUUUAGCUUCCAAGAUUUUCUCAACGUGAUUGGAAUUGUUUCACAGACCGUGAUCAAGUAUAGCCUACAAAAAAAACAACACUAAUUAAUUAUCCAACAGUGCCAUACGUGAGGAAAAGGGAAGUGUCUUUGCUACUUUUCUAACGUCUUUGGUUCCAAUUCACCUGAAACUAUUCAAACCAACAAGAUAUACUACUGCAUAUUCAGAAUACAAGAACAAAGACCAUUUUCAAGCUUUUGUGUGCAAAUUGUAAAUGCAUCACAUCAAACAAACUGAAAAGUACAACAUAGCAGAGUACCGCAAAGAUACUUCAAACGAAAGAACUGAGAUUGAAGGAGCCAAUCAUGUUUGCGAGAGGCGAGAGCAGAACUCAUAUCCAGCUCAAGCUGAAACCUUUGAAGUUUAAGCUGUUGCCUCAAAGCACUUGCUCUGUUGUUGCAGCAGGUUGCUGCGUCUGCUCUGUCUCCAAACCCUGACCAGGAACAGAUUCAGCGCUCACUGCCCUUCCUUCAUCACUUGUUGUCCCACACUUCUCAACACCAGAAGAAGCAGCCACUGGUUUGGGCUUAUUCACAGCACAUGAAGCAUGAACAUGAUAGUUACAAGCAUAACAGUU